GAGCUCUGCUGACGGUGGAGCAUGUGAAGAAUGAUGUUGAAAUUUUAGUGGAAGAAGGCAAAGAAACCAUCCUCCGUGUUGCCGAGCAUGUUUCAUUUACCGAUGUGAAUUCAAUAGCUCGUUAUCUGGCUAGAGUUGCUGGUUCUGCUGGGUUGUAUGGUUCGAAUCUGUUAGAACACACUGAGGUUGACCAUUGGCUGGAGUUUAGUGCUACGAAGUUGUCUACUGCCAGCCAGUUUCUUUCAGCAGUCCAAGAGCUCAACCACUGUCUGUCUCUAAGAACGUACCUGGUUGGAAACUCUCUGAGUCUUGCAGACUUGUGUGUCUGGGCGGUACUAAAAGAUAAUAACAUAUGGCAAGAGCAAUUACAGCAAAACAAAGCUCCGGUCCAUGCAAAGCGAUGGUAUGGCUUUCUUGAGGUACAGCGUGCUUUUCAGUCAGUAGGAGCCAAGUGGACUUCUGGUACACCAAAGGUUAAAAUGGCAACAGAAAAGAAAGCGGAUGUUGGGAAGUUUGUUGAACUUCCUGGUGCAGAGAUGGGAAAGGUCAUUGUAAGGUUUCCUCCUGAAGCAAGUGGAUAUCUGCAUAUCGGUCAUGCCAAAGCUGCCCUCCUGAAUCAGCACUACCAAGUUAACUUUAAAGGAAAACUUAUUAUGAGAUUUGAUGAUACAAAUCCAGAAAAAGAGAAAGAAGACUUUGAAAAGGUUAUUCUUGAAGAUGUUGCAAUGCUGCACAUCAAACCAGAUCAGUUUACAUACACCUCAGAUCACUUUGAAACAAUAAUGAAAUAUGCUGAGAAGCUUAUUCAAGAAGGGAAGGCAUAUGUGGAUGAUACUCCUGCAGAACAAAUGAAAGCAGAGCGUGAGCAAAGAGUGGAAUCUAAACACAGAAAUAACUGUGUUAAUAAGAAUCUACAAAUGUGGGAAGAAAUGAAAAAGGGAACAGAAUAUGGACAAACUUGUUGUCUACGAGCAAAAAUAGAUAUGAGUAGUAACAAUGGAUGUAUGAGGGAUCCAACUCUUUAUCGUUGUAAAAACCAGCCUCACCCACGUACUGGAAGUACCUACAAGGUUUAUCCCACCUAUGACUUUGCCUGCCCCAUUGUUGACAGUAUUGAAGGUGUCACACAUGCAUUAAGAACAACUGAAUACCAUGACAGAGAUGAACAAUUCUAUUGGAUCAUUGAGGCACUGGGCAUAAGGAAACCGUAUAUAUGGGAGUAUAGCCGGCUAAACCUCAACAACACUGUGCUCUCUAAGAGAAAGCUUACCUGGUUUGUAAACGAAGGGCUUGUGGAUGGAUGGGAUGACCCAAGAUUUCCCACAGUGCGUGGUGUCCUAAGAAGAGGCAUGACAGUUGAAGGGCUAAAACAGUUUAUUGCUGCUCAGGUGGGUAUUUUCUUCUUUUCUGAUUCUUUGAAUCUUACUUGGUAAGGACAAGUUUUUGUGAAGUUUCAGUUAAAGUACUUGUCACUGGGAGGUUACUUUUGAAGGUUUGCUGCUUUCGGGUGUACUACUUCAACAAUAUUAACACCUAUGAGCAGGUCCUGGCAAAAUGAGGUAGCAGGUUUCUUAUUUUAAAAAGUGUACAUUUUGCAAGCUCAAGAUGCCUUUCUAAACUGUUUUGAUGAAUGCAAACAGCAGAGGGCUUGUAGUCUUUAAA